AUGACGUUUAAGGGCAGUUAUAGCAAAGUCCCUCAACAUUGGGAAAUGAAGAACAUCGACGAACCACAUACGUGUUUCUCAACCAUACUAUAUCGAGAUCAUACAAAUCUUGAUAGUAAUCACAUUGCCGCAAUCGUAUCAAAUUUUGUUAGGACAAAUCCUUCCAUUCCCAUCAAGAGUUUGAUUACAGAUAUUAAAAAUAGUUUCGGGUAUUUUGUGUCAUACUUAAAGCUUGGUUGGCGGAAACAAAAGGCUCUUGCUAUGGAGUUCGGUGAUUGGGAAGAUUCUUAUCACCAUCUGCCCAUGUGGUUACAUGCGGUCAAAGAUGCAAAUCCUGGUACAAUAUUACAAUGCACUAGUUCUUCAGCGGAGAUUGAUGGACAACCUAAUAAUGAUUGUUGCAUUAUAAAAAGAGUUUUUUGGUCUUUUGGUCCUCGUAUACAAGGAUUCAAAUAUUGUAAACCCAUUCUCAAAGUAGAUGGAACCUUUCUAACAAGCAAAUAUCAUGGAGCUUUGCUCACCGCCAUUGCUCAGGAUGACAAUAGAAAUCUUUUUUCAUUUGCAUUUGCCAUUGUAGAAGGUGAGACAAAAGAGACAUUGAUAUAG